CAAACGGAAACCCCAUCCCUGAAUACCCCUUCCUUUUGUAGAGUGAAAUGUGCUUUUGAGCAUCGUCGAACAAUAGUCGAAUAUAGAUUCGUCUUUUCGUCGAAAGAACAGACCGUGUCACGAACAGAGUGCUUCGAGAUCUUCGCAACGGGACACUCUCGGCAGCGCGUCUCUUCCUCGCGUCUCCCCACCAUUUGAUCGCUCUACUUCUACCUCGUUCCUUGCCCUGCACCACACUUCGAAACAAGGUCAUCAAGCACGAUGGCAAGGCAAAGAAAGAGUAUGCCUCUUGCUAGGCUCUCGUCGGGAUCGACGAGCUCGUCUUCAGCUGCGUCGAACAUCGAGGUCGGUGGGAGCGCGCGCGAGGGCUCGCUUUCGUCUGCUGCUCUCGCUCUCACGUCCACGCCCCCUACCAGUGUCUCCGAGCAAGACCAGGCCAGCUCAGCACUUGACAAGGAAGACACAAACGCGACAAUUAUUGCAGACAUGACACGUAGAUCAUCGCGCCGCAAGUCUGGUCCCGCAUCAUACAACCUGGGUCUUCUAUCUGGCGUGCGUCGUACUUCUGCCGGUAUCGAAAUGGCUCAAGAAAAGGCCAUUCGUGACUUCUCUGGAGCUACUCUUGUCGACGACGCCCCCGAGCCUUCAUCCAGCACCCCUCAUCGCCAGCUGUUGAACGACGGUGUCAAGGCUUUGAACAUGGACUGGGAGAUGGACAACUUGCCCGGCGAUGGCGAUGUUGAUCUACCUGCUAGGAAGAAGCGCCGUCACAGGUCUUCGAUCGACAUGUUGAUCGAGACGACCGGUCGCGCGAUGGGUAGAAUGAAGAGCGUACUCGGCAAGCGCGACAGGGAGAUUAGCGAAAGCGAUAACUCCGGUCGCAGACAAAGUCGCCGACUACUUGCCAUUGAGGCGCCCAAGGAUGUGGAAGAGGAGGUAAAGCAGGAGGACAACACAGUCGAGGAGCAAGCAGAGCGUGUCGAAAGACCCAGCAAGCUCGCACGCCUUUCCUCGAGCUUCAGCAUCACCAUGCCGCAAGUCUUCUCAUCGAAGCCUAAGAAGCCCACCAAGCGCUACGAGUCACAAGGUCUCUAUGCCGGCCAAACCAUCUCAAGCUAUGACGACCAAUCAAUCCCCAAGCCUACAAGAAAGCCCACCGGCAAGGCCCGCCCUGUGUCAACAUCCUUCCUUCCCGAUGCCACAAGAACUGAGAGCCGCGGUAGUCUCGUGGCUUUACCCAUGUUCUCUUAUCUAGAGAGAGAAAGACCCUUCACCAUCCCCUACGACGUCUUUGCUCCUGUGCACCAUCAACGUGGUGAGGAGAAGCCAAAGGACUGGGGCAAGGUCCACAAGAACCGUCUGGUCGGCGACGCUCAGCAUUACUGGAGGAAACCAUACUUUGAGCGAUCUCUGUGUAUCUGUACGCCGCCAGUCCCUGGCUCUUCAGAACCUGGAUGCGGCGAACACUGCCUUAACCGCGCCAUGGAUUACGAGUGUGAUUCCAACAAUUGCGCCCUUGGAGACCAGUGCACCAACCGCGACUUUGCAGGCCUUGGUGUCCGCAUGGAGCGCGCAAACAAGGCUGAUAAGAAGUCGGCAUCAUACCUCUUCAACGCCGGAGUAGAGGUUGUCAAGACUCAAGACAGAGGCUUUGGUGUUCGCGCAUGCAGAUCCUACGAGCCCAAUCAGAUCAUUACUGAGUACACUGGUGAAAUCAUCACACCCAACGAGGCUGGCAGAAGAAUCCGCGAGGAUUAUAAGGACAAGGCCGACUACUACCAGAUGGAAUUCGACCAAGGCAUGAUUCUUGAUGCUACCAAGGGUUCCAUCGCACGUUUUGUCAACCACUCUUGCGAGCCCAACUGCAGGAUGCUCAAGCGAUUCGUCAGCGGUCAGCCCCGCAUGGCACUGUUUGCAGGUGAUCGCGGCAUCCUGACCGGCGAGGAAUUGACCUACGACUACAACUUCGAUCCCUACUCCGUUAAGAACGUUCAGGAGUGCCGUUGUGGAGCAACCAACUGCCGUGGUGUCUUGGGUCCUAGACCGAAGGAUGCCAACAAGCCAGUAACCAAAAAGGAGAAGGAGGGUAUGGCUGCUGGUAUGAAGCGCAAGGUCGGCGAGUUCUUCGGCACUACACCUACUGUUGAAGUGGACCAGGGCCUGUUUAAGAAGCGCAAGGUCCCUCAAAUGUCCAAGGGUUGGGUGUACGUCGACGACUCGAUCGAGCAGACCAGAAUCGAGGAGGCUCGCAAGGACAAGGAAAUCGCACGCCUUCAAAAGGAAGGUAUCCUGCCUGCAGACCUCCAAGUCAAGAAGACGACUACCACGACCGCUGUCACCAAGGACAAGAACGGAGCUAGACGGUUCGUUCAGAAAGUCACUACCAGAAUGACUGGACACAGACCCAAGGCCACCCCUGAGGCUCCCUCCAAGAAGAUUCAAAAGCUUGGAAGACUGUCGUCCAUCAAGCAAAAGGAGAGUCCUGCUGCCAAGGUCAAGAAUGCAGGUGCUGGUAGCUCUCAGGUCACCAAGUCGGCUCGUCGUAGCAUUGACAACAGAAGCAUACCCAAGGGCUCGAUGAAAGUCAGACCUUUGACAAAGGAUGCAACCAAGAUGGCUCGCACCAUGAGAGCCGUCAACGCGGACGAGUGAUUUUAAGGGGGGUCGGAAUUUGGGAACGGAUGGUAUACCUGGACGGCGUCACAUCACAAAUGAGGAGUUUUCAGGCACGCACUUUGGGUAUUCUUUGUGGUUUAACACAAAGGUUUUAUCAUGUCUUUUAAUUGCACGAUUUGAUCUCUUUUCUAUCAAUCGAAGUUGUUUCUUCC